GCUCAAUAAAACAUCUUUAUAUUUUGGACAUUUAUCCCCCGACCAUCCAAUUUUUAAUCUGCACAACCAGCCGUCUGCAUGACCCCCAGACACAGCAGGCUACACCAGCCAGCUGUUGGAUUAUUGCCACAGCACUAUCUCAUCGGCGAAGGCGUGUCACUCCCCGAAUUACUCAGAUCCCCUUUGUCCUCGGUGCCCAGCCAGCGACACUCAUGGCGGCUGCACCCGUCAGACAGCGCUCCGGGCCAGGGGGACCCCGGGCGCAGCUUCCGCCCUGCUACUACGAAGGAUACCUGGAGAAGCGAGGACCGAAAGAAAAGGCAUCCAUACGACUGUGGACCUGUCUGUGCGGGAAUUCUUUGUAUUUCUUCAAUAAUGCCAAGGACACUCAUUAUGUGGAAAAGCUGGACCUCAGUGGAUUUGUGUCACUGAAGGACGACUGCAGCCGGGACAGAAACCUGGAGGCAGCCAGACUCAUUCUGCGCAUGAAGGAUGGGGAAACCAAACUGACAGCACCCAAUCUGGAAUCAAGGGAGCUGUGGAAAGGUUUCCUCUACUCUGUCAUUGAUCUCAAUGUACCGUCCUGUCUCACGUUGCUGCCGGGCCAGCUGCAGAUGCUGAAGGAGGUGGUGGACAAAGAAAGGUCCAGGCGGAGAACUCGCACUCCCACACGUGCUCCUCCUUCACCGCUCUCUGUGCCUUUAGUAGGAGAGAUCCCACCGUGCUUUCGACCAGUGUCCCGAACAGAGGCUGAAGUCCUUCUAGAGAGACACCCAGACUGCGGCAACAUGUUGCUCCGUCCAGGCAGAGAUGGGUGCUCACUAGCUGUUACCACUCGACAAGACCUCAAUGGGUCAGUGUUCAGACAUUACCGUGUGACUCAGAGGGACCAAGGCGGUUAUGUCAUAGAUGUAGAAAAUCCUAUUCCCUGUGCUACACUUCAUGAGGUCAUUGACGCCCUGGUAGAGAAGACAGCAGGAACUCUACAACCUUUCCUACUGGAGGAGCCGUAUGAGGAGAAUAUCACAUAUGUUUCUGCCAAUGAUGAAAAUGGAGAAAGGAUCCUCCACACUGCCCCCUCCAGCCCACUGCCAAAGGCUCCUGCCCUGCCCCCAAAACAAGACCGUUGGUGCAGCAGUCCCCUGUCCAGAUCCCCCGCCCCAGACCGCCGUAUCCUGACUUCAGCGGUGCCGGCCUCGCCCACCAACCCAAUGAGACGACUCAUUCUCUCCCCUUCACCUCUCGCACACACGCUCAAUGAGGAACUCAAACUGAAGCUGGAGAAGAGACGAGCCAGUCAGGAGUGACUUAACUUAUAAGGAACAGCUUCCUGUCGCAGCGUACUCAAUCUUCAGUGCCAAACCCCUUCUCACCGCAGCUAUGUACUCAUCCUGUGCCUUCUAGGUGGAAGACAAGGGACUACAAAUACCGCCACUUUCUCUUAGUGCUUUGUCCGCAUGCAUAAAACUGUUUACAAACUGCCUCUGAGCAAAAAAUAGUACGACAACAAAUGAUUUUCCCUCAGAAUACAAUCCACAAAAACUCUGAAUCAAUGUGACUGGCAGCUAAAACCUUUUCGGAGAAGCACUGACACAUGCCGGACCCCUAACUGAGCCUGAUGUUUUCCUAUCUGAGCCCAUGUCUGCGUGCUGAGCUGCUGAUGUUACUGCUGCACCUGAGACACUUAAUCUGCUCUGAAAGUAAAAUAAACCGGACAUGCUCAGGUCUCAGCUCAGUAAUUCUCCUCAUCACCUCAUUCCAUGUACCAUGACUGAGAAAAAAAAAAAUCAUCUGAAUAGAGUCGAGCUGGUCAGAAACUGAAACCUGCACAAUCUCUGCCUGCUGCUCUGAGUGCUAUUUGUGACUGAUAAGCAACCAUUAAUAUGUUGUUGAUUCAAUGGCACUGCUGUGGUUCAUUUAAAACCCAACUUUAACUGUGUUAUUGGUGCUUAUUUUAAAGUGUCUCCUUAUUCUCUGCUACUGUUUGUGUGCUACUGUACGGUGCUAUGACUCACCGGUGCUCAGACCUGCCUGGAGACUCCGGGUGACUUCUGUUCCUCCUCAAGAAAAUCAAUCAAAUGUAUAUGAGGGUGCCCUCUAGUGGAAUGGCUGUCAACUAGAAGGACAGAAACCUUCUUAUCGGCACACAGCCUUUGGGUAUUAUCACAAGUACCAGACACUUGGCAUAGACCAACCCUUUUAUGUUGCAGACUGAACCUGGCAAAGGCUUUUGGCUUUAUCACAGUAUUACACUAUGCCCUACCUCUUUACCUUUAAUAACAAAAUUAUUUAUUACAGAUCUGUGGGAGUUUCAACAAUAACAAUUUGUAUUUCUACAUGGGAAAACACUUUUCUUUUUUACAUUUCUGUGAAUUGGCCAGUCCUCCAGAUUUUAAGUGUCUGAGUACAAGUGGCAAACUGACUCUUAAGUGUCAAUGAACAGUUUGUUGUAUGUUUGUACAAUAUGUGAUGUGUCUACUUGAUCACUAUCAAAGAAUAGUGUUUGUUAGAUAUUGAGGGCAUUAAAUUGUUUUGCAUGGGUC